CUUUCUGUAUCUACCCUUCAAACUUUAAAUUCUUCCCUAAUUUUGAAUUCUGGAUUCUGUACUUAAGUGUGUGUGAGGUCAUCUCUGUGAUCCAGUUGUUCCAAAAACCCUAGUUUUGCUGGUCUCAAAUCUAAAUGUGGCAGUUUUUAUUAGCCGCUGCGGUGGCUGGAUCUAGCUACUUCGCCCAACGCAUGUUUUGGAAUGGAAAUCCCGAGAUGGCUGAGAAAUCUGAGCAGCAGGACAAUGACGUAGUGAAGGCUGAGGAAGAGGUAGUACAUGUUGAUCCUGAGAAACCCCCAGUUCCGCCCCCUCUGUUUGUUUCAUCUUCUGUGAUCUCAAGUGGAUUUUGUCGAUUUUCUGAUUCUUUGAACUGCGAGGUGAGGAGUUCAAAGACUGGAGAAGGGAGUAUCUUCAGAUUCUCUAGUUUGGGUGAUGAGGGUGGAAUUGAGUCUUCAUACGGUUCGAAGGGUUCGCUAAAAGCCGGUGAUGGGUAUGAUGCAUGGAAGAGAAAUGAUGGUGUUAGGAGAAGACUUGGGUCUAAGAAAUACGAGAAAUCAGCUUCUACAGGCCGUUAUGGAGGUGUGGUGGAGGAAUCGAGGAAGAAGGGAAAAAGGUAUUUCCUUUGCUUGAAAAGGAGGAGGACCAACAAGAAUGCUACUGGGAGAUGCGAGCCAUGUUCUUCCACAGGUAGCACAUUAUUCAGCUGGGGACUCGGUGUUGGCAUUAUGUACAUGGUAUCAGCUGGGAAAUCUGAGAUCAACAAACUGAAUACCACUGUACACGAAACUGCAAAAGUUGUGCAGGAGUUACAAAAUGAACUUAAUCAAAAGAAAUCUUAUCGUGAUGCGCAAAAUGCAAGUUGCAAGAGUAAAAUUGAUUCCACUCCCAGGAAUAUCAGCUGUAUGCAUAAGCAGCAAGUGGUUUCUAAUUCAGAUGCAGAACAAGAAGACUCCAAUUAUCCCAAAGAUUUGGGUCUUCAAGUUACUGAUGAUGUUGACUGUGUUAGUAGUGUUCUUACAGAAGAGCCAGAGCCAGAGGCACUAAAAAUGGAUCAGCUUGAAGCAGAGCUUGAAUCUGAACUGCAGAAAAUUCCUUGGUGUGUCGCAGAAGAAGCAUCUAGUUAUGAAGGCAACUUCAUAAAUUUGGGAAAGCUUGAGCCGGAACAUUCUGUGAACAUCAUGAACACUGAACUCUUGGCUGAUAGACUAUCAGGUCCACACAACCCAGAAGGCAUUUAUUUUGACUCUCACCAAUCCCAUGGAGUUUUACCAUCUGAACUGGAUCAGAAACUGUGUCAUUUGCUCAUUGAGCAGCAGGAGAGCCAGAUCCUAGUUCUGGAAACUAAACUGCAGUCAAGCCAGAGCAAACUUCAUGAGAAGGAAACAGAACUCCAGGCAUUGAAGGACUGUGUUCGUCACCUCACCGAACUUUCUCUUGAAACAGUUUCAGGCAUGAUGAAACUGAGGAGGCUGAAACACAGACCAUUGGAAGAGACUGGAACAAUUGUACCAACUCAUCAUUAUCUGCAGAGUUGCUUGGUGAUGGUGCUAACAAUAUGGUGGGAAAGAAAUCAAUGGUUGGGAUGAAAAGAGUAAUGGAGUCCCAAUCAUGUGAUUGUCAUUUGAGAGAGAAUGCAGGCUCUGUAUGUGGGUGGGGAUGCAUGUAAUCUUUCAGCCUUUAUAUUUUCCUUUAAAUUUUAUGUAGGUUGAGCAUUGUUAAUAUAUCCAACAAA